AAAAAAAUCAAAUACGGGCCACAAAUAGAGUAAUGGGCCUAGGCCCAAAUAGUUUGAUGUCUUCAGUUUUCGUGUCUCUUAUUCAUCGGAACUUAAUUACGACUGUCGUCUUCUUCGAUCGCUUUUCCCUGGCCGGUGAUUUCACGGAGACUUGUUAUUAGGUGUGGCUUUAGCUGACCAUAGAACGAGACACACGGGAGGUGGAAUCGGAGACUAAUAAUGGCGAAUCAAGGAGCUAAGAAGCGCAAGGAUGAGAACGCUCGACACAUGGCCAAGCUCCGUCGAAUCAUCAUCGCUUGCAAUGUUGUGUACGUCAUAGUGAGGAUGCUGAUUUUCCAUUCAAGCUUUACCUGGAAACAUUGGAUUGGGCUUGUGGUAACGUCGUUGGGCUACGCGAUUCCUUAUAAGUUUCUUGAUUCGAUGGCAAAGCCUAGUGUUACUGAUGAUGGUGAGCUUAUUGAUGGUGGCUUCGACAUGAGCACUGGUGGAGUCUGUGGGUACAUACUUGCACGAUGUGCUCUACAUCACCUGCUUCGUGCAGCUUGCAUCGAUCAUCUCUGGAAAGUUUUGGUACACGUAUCUAGUGGUAGGCCCUUCUUCAUUUGGAAAAAAAAAAAAAAUUUGAAUACUCCUUUAAGGCAAACAAUACAUUGCAGCGUCGAUGAUGCGAUCAUUUGGUUUUAUCUGGUCUUUUUUAGAUUCCUGCAUUUGGAGCGUACAAGGCUUCUGGACUUAUUAGAGGAUUCAUGUCUCAAGGCUCAGAGGGAGGUGAAGAGGAUGAGAAAACUCGCAAAAAGAGGGAGAAGAUGGAGAGAAAAGCUUCUAGAGGGCAAGCCGUCAGGACAAGAACCCGAUGAAUGUCUUAACAUCAUCAUCUUUAGCAAAACAUAAUUUGGAAAAAAUGCAAACCAAAUGAUUUGCAAAUCCUUGUUGUACGGAUGUAGUAGCUAUUUGAGUUAAAACACGGAGAUUUCUAGUUCUUCAGAGUAGCACACAGUGAAGAUAAAGAUUUUUCUGUUACAUUAAAAUUCGUGUGAUAUUAUGGUUUUGUUGAGCCAUUUUACCGACAGCUGCAAAAUCUAUUAUUCUUAUUGCUACGU